UACACGGAGCAGCUGCUGGGGUUCGUGACGUCACGACGUAAACAUGGCGCUCUCCUUCACCAGGGCAUCAGCCGGUAUACUCAGAAAUCAUGGAGUUUUGGCCCUCAGAGGGAGUAACACAAUUGGUACUCGGCAAUGUUCUAUUGCCCAAACUCUGCAGGUCCGGGAUAACAUUAAGAAAAAGCGGCGUGAGGCUCUGGUUGGAGGAGGGCAGGGGAGGAUUGAGGCUCAACACAAGAAGGGCAAGUUAACAGCUCGAGAACGAGUGAAGCUCCUGUGUGACCAGGACAGCUUUGUAGAAUUUGACAUGUUUUCUGAGCACACUUGCACUGACUUUAACAUGGAAAAUCAAAAGUAUCCAGGAGAUUCAGUCGUGACAGGUCAUGGUCUCAUUCAUGGUCGGCUCACGUACAUAUUCAGUCAAGAUUUCACUGUCUUUGGUGGGUCACUUUCAUCCAUUCACGCAAAGAAGAUCUGCAAGAUCAUGGACCAAGCAAUGCUUGUGGGGGCUCCUGUUAUUGGUUUGAAUGACUCUGGAGGAGCUAGGAUUCAGGAAGGGGUCGAGUCACUGGCUGGGUAUGCUGAUAUCUUCCAACGUAAUGUUAUGGCUUCAGGCGUCAUCCCUCAGAUAUCUCUGAUUAUGGGUCCAUGUGCAGGGGGCGCAGUGUAUUCACCCGCUCUGACAGAUUUCACAUUCAUGGUCGAGGACACCUCUUACCUCUUCAUUACUGGUCCCGAUGUAGUAAAGGCCGUCACCAAUGAAGAUGUGACCCAGGAGGAACUUGGCGGAGCUCGCACACACACCACAUUGUCUGGGGUCGCUCAUAAAGCCUUCCAUAAUGACAUUCAUGCUCUUCUUAACCUAAGAACUUUCAUGGGUUAUUUACCUCAGAGUAACCAAGAUCCAUCUCCCAUCAGACAGUGUGAUGAUCCAUGGGACCGUGAUGUGCCAGGCCUGGAUACUGUUGUCCCACUAGAGUCCAUGUCUGCAUACAACAUGUUAGAUGUGAUCCAGAGCACUGUAGAUGAGGGAGACUUUUUUGAAAUUAUGCCGAACUAUGCCAAAAAUAUAGUUAUUGGAUUUGCUCGUAUGAAUGGGCGUACGGUUGGCAUUGUUGGCAACCAACCCAAAGCUGCUGCAGGGUGUUUAGAUAUCAAUUCAUCUGUGAAAGGAGCAAGAUUUGUGCGAUUCUGUGAUGCCUUUAACAUUCCUCUUGUGACAUUUGUGGAUGUGCCAGGCUUCUUGCCUGGGACGGCCCAAGAAUAUGGUGGCAUCAUUCGUCAUGGGGCUAAGCUUUUAUUCGCAUUUGCUGAAGCAACUGUUCCAAAAAUUACAAUUAUUACUAGAAAAGCAUAUGGAGGAGCGUACGAUGUUAUGUCAUCCAAGCAUUUACGAGGCGACAUGAACUAUGCUUGGCCAACAGCUGAGGUUGCAGUAAUGGGAGCCAAAGGCGCAGUAUCUAUACUGUAUCGAGGGAACAGUGAUGUUGCACGGAUUGAAAAAGAAUACAUGGAGAAGUUUGGUAAUCCAUUCCCUGCUGCUGUCCGAGGUUUUGUUGAUGACAUAAUUGAGCCACAUACCACAAGACGCCGUAUCUGUCAAGAUCUGGAUAAGUUAGCAUCGAAGAAACUUCAGAAUCCAUGGAAGAAGCAUGCUAAUAUUCCUUUAUAAAUGAAAAGUUAAUAAACACAUUAUUACUGAGAAAGUUUGUUCUCUAGGUGUAGGACCUGUUUGUGUUUUACAGUCAAAUUUUCCUCUUGCUAUUCAAAAAAUUAUCAUACAAAUCUGAUUAUGAAAACAACUCGGUGUAAAUUAAAAAUUAGGCAACUUAUUAAGCAUAGUUAAUGAUUGCAAUAGAGUGCUAUAGAUCAUCAUUGAGGAAAUUAACAUUAAUAUACAGAAAUUUCAUGUAUAUUUAAUUUUUAAGAUUGGCCCUAGUUAGUUGAGUAGAUGGUUUUAAUUAACUUCAGUAGCUUGCAGUAUGAUGAAAGUAAAUACAAUCUUGGCCCUCAAAAAUAUACUUGAACAAUAAAUGCAUAAAAUGUAUCAAACCUUAUUUAUUAUUUUGUACAGUUCUAUAAUAGGAGAGUAUGUCUGAUGACUUAACAUGUAUAGUACAGUGUGUUAAUAAUUUUGUCAUCAGUUUUAUUUUUUGUAUAAAAUAAAUACGAUAUUUGAA